AUGGCUUAUAAACCGCGGAUGGAUUUUGUAAGAGGUGUAAUUAUCGAAACACAUGGAACUCCUUAUCAAGAUGUUCUCGUUGUCUUUGAUCUGUUUUUAACAGAAAGUUAUCCUAGUAGUCCGCCUCUUGUGCGCUAUGAAUCUUGCGGUCUUAGCGGUAUCAUUCCACGUAUUGAUAACCUCGAUGAUUUUAAGUUGGUCGUCUCAAAUGGGUCUGGUGGAUGGGAUAUACCAUGGGUGUCUAGCAUGAACGUUCUCCAAAUACUCGUCUUCACAAGGGAUUUGAUUUUAAAUACAAAUUACUAUGACGAAUUUAUUAAUGAAAGUUAUAGAAAAUUUGUGUCUCGAGAAUGGUCAGCCAUACUAUGCAGCAAGAAUAUCAUCAUUAAAUCACUCAAAACACUGGCGUAG